AUGCCGUCGAGCAAGACUCAUCUGAGCCAGACUGAGCUCGAGAAACUCUUCAGUCAUCGCAAAGGCAGCGAUCAUGGCGCAAUUUAUUUGACACAGAAGCGACUCACUCACUCCGAGGAUGCAACCCUACCUUCACGAGAUGAAGAGUUCCCCGACUUGAAUCUGAGUGAGCCCGUGCCCAUUCUCAUUCGCGCUUCCAAUGGAAAAUCAGCCCGUGAAAGAGGGGACAAGGCCAAAAUUUCCACAGUGGUGAAACCUGACGACCUCGAUGGGUUCUACGUGCGGUAUGCAGACAUUUGCAAAGCGGGAAUGGCGGCUUUGAAGCCCAGGGACCGCAGCAAGAAGAAGGCAAAGGCGAAGAAGAAGAAGACCGGGCCAUAG